UUCCAUAACGUUACGAGACGAGAUUCACAGUCGCUGUGUGGCUUUAUAAAAGCGCAAAUGGCCGACUUUGACAUCAAGAACAAACUGGUGGCUUAUGCCUAUGAUAGGAAGGUUGUGUGUGAACGUGAGCUUAACCAGCUGAAUACGAAAGUGAGGGAGAUGGCUCCAAACGCUGUCUUCAUUAACUCCUCCGCACAUCACCUCGGCUCUGUGCUCAGUGAUGGCACUGUAUGUAUCAGUGAGGCCGCUGUUUUCUUUUCUCAACUGAAGGGCUUCGCCUCAUUCUUCUCAGCCUCCCUGAAAAGGCUGAAGACAUUCCACGAAGCCUGGAGCGCCUUGUUCAAAGCCCGUCUUAAAUUGAGCCUUGACCUCACUUCGAUAUCACGCCUCAACUUGACGCUGCUUACCGCUGUGGCCAGCAACUACGACGAGGUUUACGACACCCUGUACCACAUCAUGAACCAGAGACAGCCUCGCAUAGACAGCGAGAUCAGCUCCUCUGCCAACAGCCUGGUUUUGAUCCUGGAGGAUUUCGAGUUUGCAUUCCUGCUCUUCACCUACGAGCAGGUCUUCCCAAACAUUGAGUUUGCGUUCGACAAACUGAAGCUCAAAGCCAUGGACGUGGCAGCCUGCCAGGAUUGCCUCGCUGAACUGAUUUGCCACAUUCAGACCAAAAAGUUGGACUCUGCAUUCGAAAGCGCGUACCAGCAAGCAGCCAAUUAUACAGAGCACCCAGGUGAGACCCUCCGGAGGAAGAUGAAGCGAAGUGGCAACGGCAUUGGGCCAGACGAAGACCCUCAGACUCACUUCAAGGCCCUGUACCACACAGUUCUGGAAAACCUCAUCUCUCAGAUCCAGGAGCGUUACACACAUCUGGACGACCUACGGUUCCUCGAGCUGCUGGAUCGAGACAAGUCCACGGAAAUGAAUGUCCAUUUCCCGACAGAGGCCUUCGAAAGCCUGGCGAAGCUCUAUGGUGGCUUCUUCGACAUGGACAGGCUCAGAGCGGACCUGAAGGAGCUUUACGCAGACCAAGGACUGCAACGGGACAGUGUCCGUCACUGUGACUGGAUCCGAUCCCAGAGGAGAAACAAGAAGUCCUUGCCGGAGCUCUACAGGCUGUUGUGCUUGAUGGCGACCAUCGGGGUCUCUUCAACCGGCAUGGAUGAGGGGGAGCACUUCCUGAAACGCAUUGAGGACUUUGCGAAAUCGGCAAAGGUGCAAGACCAACUCCACAAGGAUAUGGCCAUGCUGUUCAUCGAGAAGGAUCGGCUGGAGACUUUUCAGAAGAAACAUAUCUGGUACGACAGCGUCACCGACCUCUGGGCCAGAAAGACCAAGAGAGAAGCAGAAUUCAUCAUCAAGACAGCUGAGGACUGGUUGAAAAGAGCAUCGGCGCCAAUGAAAUCUCCGGGCUCACAAGUCAAUAAGCAGAAAGCUGUAUCCAAGGUGUCUGGGCCCAACGUGGCAGUUAAGGAGAAUGACAAGCUCCAUGCAACCCAGGGUGGUGCAUCAGAGGCAGGACAGAUCAUCAUAGAGAAGUCAAAGGAUGGCACCAAAGCCAAGAAGCCUGAGACCACAGGAGCCCAACACACUUGAAAAGCCACUGAGCAGGGAGUACCAGUAGAGUGCAGUAAGUACAAUUGACCACUAGAUGGUGCUCUGAGUAACUAAAACUGAUUUCCGCACUUAGACGUCACCUAUGUCUUGGAAGAAGAACAUUACAUCUGUACCUUGGGAACACAAUUUUACAUUUCACAAUUUCAUAUUCUACCUAUAACUUAAAUACUUGAAAGAAGAGUUUUCAUUAGCCUGUUGUCUGGAGCGUCUGCUCAGUUCACUGUAUAACCAAACUGAUGACUUUAGGUUCAAACUAAUAGUUGUUUACCUUUUACCCCCUA